AUUUGAUAUGGAUAAAAUAAAAGUUCCUCCGCAGCAAAAUGGUGACUUUUUCCUUUAAUGUUUAAUACUCUGUUAUUACUCUAUAGUAUUUUUAACUCUGAGAUAUUAAUCUCCACGUUAGUGACUUCGACGUUCAUGAGAAUACGACAGAUAGAAGAAAAAGUAGAGUUGUACGUGGAUUAUACUUGGAUUUGGACAGAAGAGGCUUCCUGACGAUGACGAGCCUGAGACUGGGAAACAGGGCUGACCUGUGACCCGGGAAAAAGACGGACAAACGUGAGGAUGGAAGGUGUUGAACCCUCCGAAAACAGCGAACUGAAACACCUUCUCGUUGAAUGAAAUGUUACACGGAAGAAAGAGAAAGGCUGUACGCUGCGGUAUCACGCCCGGCCACAACCAGGAGCCUCCUGAAUCCCACCGAGGGCCCGUCCGGGAUUGUCCAAGUAGUCCCGAAGUCAUCGCCGCGACCGGAUUACACCUGUCGAAACAGUCACGCCGAACUGCAAUCUAAUCCCGACCUGUGGGGGGCAGCAGCGUGCCACAAGGCAUCCGGUCUGCCGGAAACCCAGGAGAAGAAGAACGCGCCGUGCAGUUUGUUUACCGGCGGUAAAAGGAAAAAAAAAAAUGGAGCCGAACACGGAGGAGGACCUGGCUCCGGCAGCAGCGCUACUUUGCUCCGUUCUGAGCCUCGGUGUCCCUCCGGUGUUUGGUCACCAGAUGUUUGAGCUGUACCGGCUCCAAACGGACGUCCUGAGGCGGCGGAGGCAGCGGGAGGUGAUGGAGAGGGAGCGGCGGCGGCGGCAGUACCUGCGGAGGAGGAGAGCCUUCCUGCUCUCCUCCAUCGCGGCUGCGCUCAGUCUCCUCUCCACCACCAGCAGACCCGUCUGGGUCCGAGCCCGAGGCCCGGGCCGCAACCUCUGGGCGGCGGCAGAAGCGUUCGACGACGAGGAGUGGAAGGCGCAGUUUCGCUUGUCCCGAGCAACGUUCGACUACCUGGUCGAACUGAUCGGCCCGGCUAUUAAACGUCGCAGGACGAACUACCGCGUCCCCAUCGAGCCGCGCCGCAGGCUGGCCAUCACCUUGUGGUGGUUCGCCCGCUCCGGAGAAUACCGCUCCAUCGCCGACAUGUUCGGCGUGGGAAUAGCCACGGUGUGUAUGAUUGUGCGUCAGGUCUCCUCGGCCAUAGUAGAGCGGCUGUUUCACCGUUUCGUGUCGCUCCCGAGCGGCCCGCGGCUGGACGAAACCCUCCGGGCCUUCAAGGACCGCUGCUACCCGCAGUGCGCCGGGGCCAUCGGCGGGACUCACAUCCCCAUAGCUCCUCCGAGGGACAACCCCGACCACUACAUCAACAAGAGGGGGUGGCACUCCGUCAUUCUGCAGGCUGUGGUGGACCACAACGUUUGCUUCACAGAUGUGUACGCCGGCUGGCCUGGAAGCAGCAGCAGUACCUCGGUGCUGUGCAGCUCAGACCUGUACCUGAAAGCGGAGGACCGCCCAGAUGGUUACCUGUUCCCCAGAGAGAGAUCGCUCCUGUCUGACGGGGUGGAGAUCCCCGUCCAUCUGAUCGGUGAUGCAUCGUUCCCCCUGAAGCCCUGGCUGAUGAAAGGAUACAGCGAGGAACAGCAGCUGUCUCCUGAGCAGCGUCGCUUCACCUACACCCUGACCUCGGCUCGGUCUGUGGUCGACGCUGCUUUCGCGCGGCUAAAAGGACGCUGGAGGUGCCUGCUGAAAAAGAGCGACAUCGACAUCUCGAUGAUGCCCAGAGUAGUCGCUGCGUGCUGCGUUUUGCACAACAUUUGUGAAGUUAGAGGAGACAGUUUCCUUCCUGAGUGGAACAUUGAGAUGGCUCCUUCUGGAAAUUAUUUAAGACAGCCUGAUACAGAACCAUGUGGAGGAGACACGUACUGCACUGCCGAGGUCAUCAGAGACACUCUUACUUAUAACCUCUUGACUAUACUGCAGUACUGAAAACGGCGACUGACUUCGGUAAUGGUCGCUAAGGUGUCACAGCAGCUCGGUGGACGUCAAGACACAGACUUGUCACUGAGGAACUGUCAUAGCUGCAACACUAGAGGUUGUGUUUGUUAGCAAACAGUGGAUGAUGAAGAGAUCCGGGGCCUGUGUCACGAAGCGGGUUCAGCUUAGUCUGUGUCUCUUUAUGUUUCCUCUCUUCACUGAGUCCAACAUCAGGGAUCCAGACCAUAGCCGGUAUCAUGAAGCUGCUUAUCGGUUGACUCUGUUAACUCUGGGUUUAUCAGUCCGGCUCUGAGUGCGUUCGUGCGAAGGAGGAUGAGUUAAUUACAAACAUCACCAUCAGAACCAUGGAGGAAGGGAUUAAUAUGAUAUGAGAUGAAAUGGUGAUACCCGUGGGAACAUUUGGUUAAAGGGAUAGCAAAGAGUGACCUUCAACAAGGUGAAACAUAAAGAAAAUAAUCACAUAUAGUGUCUUCAGAAAGUAGUCAGACCCCUUCACUAUAUUGUGUUGUAGAUUUAAUUUUAAAUUUAUAAAACUGCCAUUUGUGCUCAUCAGUCUCCAUAACCCAUAAUGACAAAGUGAAAACAAGUUUUUAGAAAUGUUUGGAAAUUUAUUAAAAAUCAAAAACCGAAAUCUCUCAGUUUCAAAAGGUAUUCUGACCCUUAAUCCAGUAGUUUGUAGAAGCCUCUUUGGCUUCUUGGGUGAGUCUCUACAAACACAGCAAAACCGAAAUGUGGGCAGUUUACCCCAUUCUCCCUGGUAGAUCCUCUCAGGCUCUUCAAAUUAGACGAAGCGCUUAACCCUAACCCAUGUUGUAGACCGGUGGACAAAAAUGGCAAAUUAAUCCAUCUAAAAUUAAAUCUACAACACAAUAAAGUGCAAAAAGUAAAAGGGUCUGAAUACUUUGUGAGGCCACUGUAACUAGAAUAGAAUAAGAAACACUAGAAAUAAUUUCCAAAUAUAAAAGUAAGGCUAUAAAUAAGUGCAGGAAUUAUUCUGUAUGUCUUUGGUAUAGAAUUUAGAAAUGUAUACUUUUUUUUUCUGAUGAUGAACAAAGUAUUCUGAAUAUGUGAUGCACACGUUAAAGUAAUGUCAGACUGUUUCUGCGUGAUCACCUGAAAUUAGUUAGUGGCCAUGCAGCAUCUGUUACCAUGGUGAUCUAUUCUGGUUAAAGGUGGAACUUGAGUUAAGGCCAGUGAGAGCUGGAGAGACCACUAAUCUCUCCUGGUGCUGCAGGCCCCUGCUGAGGUUUCCCUGUAAAAGUUACAUCAACACAAUAACCUUUCAGAGCGCAGCGCUUUAAUGGGAGCAUUCAGAAAAACAAGAUGUCUCUAGUGUUGGUUAGUUUCAGUCAGAUGUCUCUUAAAGACAGAACCUUCAACUGGCACCCACUGUUUCCACAAAGUCCUCAGAUCAGAACAUUAAAGAUGUUAAAAAGAAAGAAAAAGGUAAAUAUUCAUGACAGAAGUGCUGGAUGUUUUCAGGUUCUUAGCCCCAGUAGCCUGUGGUUAAAGUAGCCUUCAUGGAUAGUAAAUUAUUCUUUGGAUGAUUUAAAAACUCUUCUGGACGCUUUAGUUCAUACUGAAUUAAAACACAUUUUACUGUCAUAGUUUUAACAAACUAUACCAGUAAAAUGUUAUCUGAAGUCCCGGUGGGAGAUUACAAAAACAUAGUCACCUCACUAUGACGUUCUUUUUAUCCACACCACAGGCACUCAACAUGUAAAACAUAUGACGAGCUAGGAUUAAAGCAGUGGUUCUCAACCUUC